GGAGGGGAUGCAGUGAGGUUCUGCACGCUGAGAAGGAAGUGCUGCUAGACACAGCCAAGCAGAGGGACGGUUUAAGUCGUCUCCGGUCCAGGGAUUGAGCGAGAGGGGAGGAGAGUGGAGGCUGGCACUGGAGAUGGGCAGCACCGGAGGACUCUGCUCCAGUCCAAGGGCUUGGGGAUGUGGCUGGAAUGGUGCCCGACUCCUGUGCUUCGCCGCCAUUAGCUGGGUGCUCGUGACUCAGAUGGAAGUGGGAGCCUGGACCUACCAUUAUGGUGCCAAAUCUGAUUACUCAUGGGAGCUGGCCAGAAACUUUUGCAGGUCAUUCUACACCGACCUCGUAGCAAUCCAGAACCAGAGGGAAAUUGCUUAUCUCAACAGUGUCUUACCCCACUCUAGAACAUACUACUGGAUUGGGCUACGAAAGAUAAACAAUGUCUGGACGUGGGUUGGUACCAACAAGGCCCUGACGAAGGAGGCUGAGAACUGGGCUAACAGGGAACCCAACAAUAAAGGGAGGGACCAAGACUGUGUGGAGAUUUACAUAAAGAGGGACCGUGAUGCUGGAAGAUGGAACGAUGAGCACUGCCAAAAGAAAAAGAGGGCUCUGUGUUACCAAGCCUCUUGCCAGCGUUCCUCCUGCAGCCAGCGCGGCGAGUGCGUGGAGAACAUCGGGAACUACACCUGUGAUUGCUACCCUGGCUUCUCCGGGCCGGAGUGUGAACACGAAAUUACCGACCUGAUGGUGAAUCAAACCCCAGCCAGUGUCAGUGAUUUGGAAGGCUCAGAACUUACCAUGAAUUGUACAUUCAAGACAGUCAAUGACCACAGUACCAUGUAUGUGCGAUGGUAUAACUAUGGGACUGAGGGACUAAAGCAAGAGCUGGUGAAUGAGAGUGAGGUGAUCACAACCCUGCAUUUGGCCAAUGGGUUUGCCUCUCUCACUUUGAAGAACAUGAAUUCAUCUAAUAUAGGAACCUACGUGUGUGAGGUGGGGAUCACAGCAAGGAACCUGUCUGUGUCAGGAGCUGGAACCCAGGUGACCAUCACUCCUGUCAAUCGGACAAUAUGGUGAUCAGCUGUUACAGCGUACACCUGGAGAUGGAGCUCUCAGACACCUGUUACCCCGGCAUUCCCCACAAACACAGUGCUGACCAUCUUGCCUGCUAGAUUCUGCACCUGCAAAUAAACCUUGAACUGAAUGGAAGGGAGGGGAGGGGAUACUGGAUAAUUGGAAGGGAGUUCACGGGUGUUCAGAAUAAAAAGACUCCUCUCUGACACCCUUCUUUGAGGCAGCUGAACCUGGUGAUCGGUGGUGGCUUAGGCAGUCUCAGUGGCAUCUGAGCCAUAGGAAAAUAUGAGAUGAACAUUUAUGUUACCUAAAGAUUCCCCAUUGUGCUACCUAGCAAUCACUUUAGAGCAGGGGAGUGGAAAUUAUGGUCCAUGGGCCAGAUCUGGCCCGCUGGAUUGCCAGCCUGAUCGCACAGCAGGGCUAAGGCAGGCUUUCUACAUGCCCUGGCCCCACACCGCUCCCGGAAGCAGCUGGCACCACUUUGCUGCAUCCCGUGGGGAGUGGGGGGCAGAGGGCUCCAUGCGCUGCCCUCACCUGCGGACACUGCCCCCCCUCCCGCAGCUCCCAUUGACUGGGACGGGGAACCAUGGCCAAUGGGAGCUUCGUGGGUCAUACCCACAGGUGAGGGCGGCGCAUGGCGGAGUCGCCUGCCCCACCCCACCCCCAGGAGCCGCUGCCGGACAUGCUGGCUGCUUCUGGGAGCAGCACGGGGCCAGGGCAGGCAGGGAGCCUGCUUGAGCCCCGCUGUGCACUGCUGCCACACCGGAGCCACUCGAGGUAAGUGGCACCGGGCCAGAGCCCACACCCCAAACCCCUCCUGCACUCUGCACCCCAGCCCCAGGCCUUGAGCCCCCUCCUGAACCCCAAUCCCCUCCCAUGAGCCCCCUCCUGCACCCAACCCCCCUGCUCUGUGUCCCCCCUGCACCCUGCACCCUUCCUACACUCCAACCCCUUUCCCUGAGCCCCUUCCUGCAAACCACACCCGCACUCCCUCCCGUACCCCAACCCCAUGCUCCAGCCCUACCUUCAUGGCCCUGCAAUUUCCCCACCUAGCUGUGGCCCUCGUCUACCCCUGCUUUAGCGGCUCAUGGAACCCUUGAAGUGAAGAUGCUCAGAACAGGGGCCAAAAACUCUCUUCCCUAUAAUUGGUUCAGCUGCUUGUCGGUCAAAGAGGAAAUGGAAACAUCUGCUGGGAAUUGCUGUUCCGUGGGUUCAGACGGCCCCCUUGCUGAAGUCAACUAGUGUACAGUUAAGCACAUGCUUAAGGGUUUGCAGGAUUGAAGCCUCUAUAAAGGACCAUGUUUUUAUAACUGGCUUUUCUUUUAAUUGUUUUACACAUGCUGCUCUCUAAUAGUUAGAUUGUCUUACACCCGAGGCUAAGGCUAUGCACUUACCAAGUGUUUUAAUACAAUUCUCAUAACUCUGGCUAUUCUUGAUGUCCCUAUAAAUACCUGCAUCCGAUGAAGUAGGCUGUAGCCCACGAAAGCUAAUGCUCAAAUAAAUUUGUUCAUC